AUGACAGGUAAAAGACCUCUGGGCAGAUCCAGAACAAGGUGGAAGGACUCAGUUGUGAAGGAUCUAAGAGUACUUCAAGAAAGGAUCAGACCGUUUUAUAGUGGACGACAGUGUACUGUUACAAGUAGAGUAACACAAGCAAUAAAGGAAUGCGCCACAGGCGUGGUCGGAUGGACAGAGAAAACAAGGAGAAAAGACUGGUUUAAUGACAAAUGCCGAGAAUCAAUAGCGAAAAGAACUAAAUUAAGAUACAAAAUGAUACAAAAUAAUUCAGAGGAAAAUAGGAAAGACUAUGAACAGGGAAGAAAAGAAACUCAUGCAAUCCUUAGAAGAGAAAAAAGACUAUAUAUGAAAGAGUUAAUUACAACUGUUGAAGAGAAUAGAAAAAAUCCAAAACAGUUUUUUGAAAGAAGUGGAAGGAUUAAACAAGGAUUUAAACCACAGACAAAUAUAAUGAUAAAUGAUAACAAAGAACUAAUAACUGACAAAAAAGAUAUAGCAGAGAUGUUUAAAACCCACUUUGAGAACCUCCUGAAUAAACCCGAAAAUAUAUCAGAUGAGAGAGAAGACAUUAUGAUUACUGUAGAACCUAAUAUAGUAGAACCCACUAGACAAGAAAUAGCAAAGAUAAUAAACUCACUUAAAAACAAUAAAUCACCGGGAGAAGACCAGAUAACAGCAGAGCUAUUGAAACAUGGAGGAAAACAAAUAGUGGAUGAUGUGCAUAAGGUAAUUAUAGAAAUCUGGAAAACAGAAACCAUGCCAGAGGAAUGGAACCAGCAAUCCUUUGCCCAAUAUACAAAAAAGGAGACCCAAUGUUACCCGAGAACUACAGAGGGAUAUCUCUACUACACACAGGCUACAAAAUAUUAA